AUGCCACACAAAGACAGCAAAACGCCACUGGCAAUGUGGCCAGGAAGCCCAAAGUCCGCCUGCCAUGGCAGCUGCCGCCGAUACAUCAACUCGGUGCGCGCCCCAAGAAGGCGAAACUACAUUCCCUUCAAGAGACGAUUUCCCUUUCUUCUUCUCCCAGCAGAAGUGCGCGACACGAUUUAUCGCUACAUCUUCUGGGGCACUCAACUGGCAAGAGUAGAAUGCAUCGACAGGUACCACAUUUCGGCUCUGUGCUUGGAUAACGCUGGCGGCUGGCGAAAAGGCACGAACAUGGGACUUCGAGCACCAUACACAGCGAUCCUCUUCGUAUCGAAGCUCUGUCUGCAGGAAGCGCGUUUUCGCCUCUUCUCUGAGGCACGUCUCCGCAUCAACAACGGAACCGUGGGACUGUCUAGUAGUCCAGGACUUCCGCUCACAAUUGCGCCAAGAGAUCUGAUCUCCUACAGACUCAGUGCGAACGCGGAAGAGUUCGAGACGCUAAGUCAUGUGUCUCUGGUCCUCGAUUAUCGCCGGGGUCACGGUCUGGCGACAAUAUGCUCCUUGGUCGCAUCGAUGCCGAAUUGGACAUCUGUGGCGAUGCACGUUGGACCUCUUCGCGUUGGCGGGAAUGCUGGAGACUCCUGGUAUGUCCACAACAACUCUGAAGGCUUCUGGUACACCGACGACGCUAUUCCGACAGCCAGUCAGAUUACGACCCUCGCAAGCGCAGUCGGACGCUCCUUUGAGCAGUUUUCGCCUUCUGGUCUUGUCGCUACCGCUUGGAAGACGAUAACUGAGCGUAGCGGAACGAUGGUCGUGGCAUAUGAUGUCGCCGGAAGGACCGAGGGUCAUGCUCAGGCAGACUACACAUGGUUAGUCACAGUCGACAUGAAGUCUCGAGCCAUCAAUGUCCAGCUCAAGGAGAGAAGUAUGCCAGGCCAGGACAUCUCGCCAGGUUCUGAUAUUGCUCAAGUCUCCACAGAGGCUGUCGCGAGGCUCUCUCACCCGAGCCAUUGA